GUCAGUCCAGGAGUCAGAGUCUCUGCUGUUAUCACCAAAGCCAGGAGUCUGAACCCACUCUCAGGCCACCUAGAGAGAGACUCUCACCGCCAUGGCUUGUCUACGGCCUCUUCUGCUCUUAGCGUUGCUGGUUGUUGGCACUCAGAUUGCUUACGCUCAACACUGGUCCCAUGGCUGGUAUCCAGGGGGGAAGAGGGCCUUAGAUGAGAUCCCAGCCCUAGAGGCCUCUGAAGAAGGGAAGGGGUGUAAUGGUGGUGAGAGAUCCCUGCUAAAGACGCUGUUGGCUGAUGUUCUGGUCCAGCAACAACAGAAGAAGUGACCCAAGCUAGCAUCCUUUCCCUCCAGGCUGUUGGCAGACACCUUGCCCUCCGCUUCUGAGAGUUCCCAAUGUUCUUUCCGUUUUGGUCAUGGACGUCUAUUCUCUGCCCCUGCGAGCCCCUGAAGGACGGGGGUUUUGCCAGGUCAAACCUUGUAGCCCCAGAAUAUUACUCACAGUAGAUCAUGAAUAAAUGUGUUGGGUUAUCCAUGUUCUCUCCUA